AUGGCGGCCUUGCCCUUCUUGGAGCGCUAUGGGCCACUGCACAUGGGCGCUCGAAGUGGAGAGGAUCCACAUUUCAACUGCACGUCGGUGGAUCUGCCACCCUCCAUGGAGCGGCUCUUGGUGCCCACGAAGAGCUGGGCCCAGCGGAUUGGCAUCCGCAAGAUGCCCGGGCACCGAACGCACCGGAUGGCCUACGGUGGUUAG